UGAGACCGAGCCAGAAGAAAAAGCUAUCCUGUGACGCUAACCAGCUUGAAAUGGAAAUUCGGCCUACCUGCCUUUGCCACAGCAUAAUUCCAUUGCUCAUAACCGCUGGAUUCAUAUUUCCAUUCACCACGGGCUCCUGCAGCGACGACAAGUGUCCCGUCUCAUUCCACUUCAUUAUUGGAAGGAACAUGGUGGAUGGGCACGCCCUGCUUGGUCACGUGUUUGCCAAUGUCUCAGUGACCAAAGUGAUGGAUUGUUACAGAGCAUGCCAACCAAACUGCCGUUGUAUCUCCUUCAACUUUUUGAAAUAUUCCAACCGGGAUAACUGUCAACUGAAUGAGGAAAACCGACACCUAAAGCCCGGUGCCUUGAUGGCAAAGGAAGACUCUCAGUACUACGAUCUGGUUGUUCGCUACAACAUUGCGAGCAAUUCUGCAGUUUCAGCAUCGUCUGGAUGCACUCAGUGUUCCAACAGUUGUUGCAAAGAUCAACCGUGUCUCAAUGGAGGAACAUGUCGAGAAAACUGUCAGGAGACCGGAAAACGAUUCAUCUGCGACUGUUCGGGAUUUAUUGGCCAGAUCUGUGAGCAGGAGUGUCAGGGCGCCCUUGGCAUGGAGAGCCGUGCAAUAACUGACGGACAAAUAAGCGCCUCUACCAGAUAUAGUUCCCGUCAUGUUGCUUCUAACGCCAGACUUCACAAGCAAGCAAGCGCAAAUAGCGGCGGGGCCUGGGAACCAUCAACAUCAGACGCAAAUCAGUGGCUCCAGAUUGAUUUGGUCACGCAACACGGCGUGACUGGUGUGGCAACUCAAGGAAGAUACAAGGCUACUCACUGGGUGACAAAAUAUAAUCUGCUGUACAGUAGCGACGGGUCGACCUUCCAGUACUACAAAGAGCAAGGAGAAAGUAUAACGGAAUUAUCUGGAAACACAGAUGGUACCACUGUGGUGUCCCAUGACCUUACUCCACCAAUCGCAGCACGUUACAUUCGUUUUCGACCAAUAGCUUGGCACAAGGUCAUAGCCAUGAGAGUGGAACUGUAUGGUUGCCAGGAGUGUCAGGGCGCCCUUGGCAUGGAGAGCCGUGCAAUAACUGACGGACAAAUAAGCGCCUCUACUAUAUGGAGUUCCUAUCAUGUUGCUUCUAACGCCAGACUUCACAAUCAAGCAAGCGCAAAUAGCAGCGGGGCCUGGGAACCAUCAAAGAAAAAUGCCAAUCAGUGGCUUCAGAUUGAUUUGGUCACGCAACUCAGCGUGACACGCGUGGCAACACAAGGAAAACCAGGUGAUCGGCAUUGGGUGACUAAAUAUCAUUUACAGUAUAGUAACAACGGGUCGACCUUCCAGUUUCACAGAGAGCAAGGAAAACAUUUUAGCAAGGAAUUAUCUGGAAACACAGAUGGUACAACUGUGGUGUCCCAUGACCUUAUUCCACCAAUCAUGGCGCGUUACAUUCGUUUCCGACCAUUGGCUUGGCACUUGCAGAUAGCCAUGAGAGUGGAGCUGUAUGGUUGCCAAGGUAUCUAAAGCAACAAGAGAGGAUUGCCAAACCAGGGACGGAAAAUAAAGAUCUGAAGUAGAUGAAGUAGAUAGUUUAUUCUGAUUAAAAUCGCAGCCAAAA